AUGGUGGAGUUUAUCAUGACUGUAGAUAGAUGUGAGCAUGUUGAUAUGGCUUUGAUUGAGAAUGAAGGACAAGUGACAGAUGAAGAGAAUGACCUACAACUUCAGGUCACAGAAAAGUUCAAGGAGAUGCAUGUGAGUGCAAAAUUGGAUGGUCUAGAAUGGGCCAUGGAACCUCAACUUGGUGUUAUAGCUGCUGGUCCUUCUCGAGUAGAGGAGGAGGAGGAGGAAGGUGACCAAUAUAUAGAGCCGGGUGUUGACCAUGAGGGAGAUGAUCCGGUUGGAGUGGAUGAAGAGUGGAGGUAUUUCAGGAAGGUACCUGAAGUAGGAAGCAAUGAGAAAGUGCAACAAGAAAAGAAGAAAACAGAGAGCAGCAAGAAUGUAACUGAAGCUACAAAUCUUGAGGCUGUGCCAAGUGAUGAAGCCACCAUGAUGCGAGAUGCUCCAUAUGUUUCACUCACUACAUAUGACAGAGACAACCCUGAUAUAAAGGAAGGUUCGACAUUUACUGACAAAGUCCUUCAUACUGAUGAUUAA